GAAACGGGAACCAGAAAUAACAAAAAUAGCCUCAUGUUAACACAAUGCUGCCAUCUAGGUUCUAUACUUACAUUUAUGUGCAUAAACAUAACCUGUGGUGUUUCACGUGCAUGUUUUUGAACUUCACGCAGCCAACGCGAGAUUUUAUUGUUAGUGGAUGUUUAUAAAUGUUAAAAUGAAGGGUAAAUUUAAAGGAAAACAACGUGGGAAACAGUCGGGUAACAAGGGUGGCAAUAGAGGUAAUAAGGGUAAUAAGAAACAGAAGUUUAAACCUCAAAGAAAAACCUACAGUCUGCACAACUCAAAAAAUGACGGCGGUUUCAGUAAGAAACGAAAGUUUGGUGAUAACAAAGAGAAAGAUUAUGAAACAAAACGUCCUAGGAAUGACGAGAUUGAAAAACCUGAAGAAAAGGUAGUUUCAGAAAGUUCCAGUGAGGAAGAGGUUGAUGAUAUGCAACAAUUGUUGGGAACAUUUAAAGGUGUUAAACCUAGGACAGCAAUUGACAGCAGUUCAGAGGAAUCAGAAGAAGAAGAUGAAAUUGAAAGCAAUGAACAACUAAAAGAUAUAGAUCAAGAAGAGGAAGAAGAUUCUGAUGUCUCUAAUAUGGCUUCUGAUUCAGAACAUGAUGAUUUAAGUGACUUAACUGAUGAGCAACAGGAGGAAUUAAGUGAACUUGAGCAGAAUGUAAAAGAGGGACAUGAAAGUGCAGAAAAAGCAGAUGAAGAUGUUGAUGAUGAUGAGGAGAUUGAAAUACAAUUACUUGAAGACCAUUCAACUGAAACUAAAAUUGAAAUGCAGAAUGAUCCAUUUGUCAAACAUUGUUUGUUUGAUAUUAACGAAUCACUACUAAAUUCUGUUCAGAAUGUUCCACCACUCCUUGAUAACACAAAAGCAACAUGGUCUGAGUUAGGUACACUACUCAUUCAAAUACCAAAGUGUAUUGAAACUAUUGAAAUAGACAAUGAAAACUUAAUCCAAAUAGAAGAAAAGAAGGUGUUUGCUUCAGGAGCAAAAGUUCCUGUGAAAAUUAGUCAAUCCAAAAGUACUUUACAAGAUUUAUUUAUUAAACCACAAAUAUUGAAAAAUAUUCAGAAAGCCAACACGACUAUGCAUUCUACUACCUCUGAUAGUGAAUUGCCAUUAACACAAUUACAAACAGAAGUAUUUUCCAUUUUGAACAAUUAUCAGGAUUUAUAUUUUCCUCAGCGCACAUUUGAGAACGGGGAAGAACUCCGCUUUGUUUAUUGUCUUCAUGCAAUGAAUCAUGUGAUAAAAACUAGAUUAAAAGUUAUCAAUCACAAUUCACGUUUAACGAACAAAGAUGAUGUUUCUGAAGAAUUUAGAGAUCAAGGAUUAGUUAGACCUAAGGUUUUAAUUAUCUUACCAUUCAGAGAUGCAGCAUACAAAGUAAUCAAUAUGUUGAUUGAUAUUUUAUUCGACGAAGAUAAAGGCAACGUAAUGAACAAAAAUCGAUUUGUUGAUGAAUUUACGGGGUCUGAGUUAAUAAUGCCGAAGAAAAAUCCAAAGCCCGAAGAUUACGAGUUGCUGUUUUGUGGGAAUUCAAAUGAUGACUUCAAAAUAGGCAUCACAAUAACGAAAAAGUCCAUGAAGCUCUAUGCAGAUUUCUAUUCUUCUGAUAUAAUCAUUGCAUCGCCUUUGGGCUUGCGCCCAAUAAUUGGUGCAGAAGGCGAACCAGAAAGAGACUAUGACUUUUUAGCCUCGAUAGAACUUUUAAUUUUAGACCAAACUGAAAUAUUCCUAAUGCAAAAUUGGGAUCACUUGCUGCACAUUUUUAAACACUUACACAUGCAACCGAAGGAAUCUCAUGGUACCGAUUUUGCUCGAGUUCGUACUUGGAGUUUAAAUGGAUGGGCAAAAUACUAUCGUCAAACAAUUUUGCUCUCUUCCUUGCAAGUGCCAGAAAUUAAUUCAAUUUUUAAUAAACAAUGCUGCAACUAUGCCGGCAAAGUAAAGGUUGUGAAUCCGAUUGCGUUUGGAUCAAUCCGUCAAGUUUUUGUGCAAGUCCCGCAUGUUUAUCACAAGUUCAACGCGACAAAUAGCGCUGAAGCAAUUGAUGCACGAUUUGAUUUUUUCAUUAACAAGAUAUUGCCACAACAGAAAGACACGUCCAUGAAACAUACGCUCAUUUACGUAGCGAAUUAUUUUGAUUAUGUUCGAUUGAGGAACUAUUUUAAGAAAGAGGAUAUAGGUUUUGUACAAAUCUGUGAAUAUUCCAAGGAUAACAAAAUUGCAAGGGCCCGGGAUAUGUUCUUCCAUGGCGACGCACAUUUUCUACUAUAUACAGAGCGUUAUCAUUUUUUCAAUCGUAAACGGAUAAAGGGAAUUCGACAGUUGAUCUUCUACCAACCGCCAUAUUUUCCACAUUUUUACUAUGAAAUGUGCAACUUGAUGCAAGAGGCGAACAUGAAUAAAAAGCUUGGAAGCGUGUCGAACAUGACCGUCAACGUAAUUUAUUCAAAGUACGACAUUCAACAGUUGUCUGCGAUCGUCGGCACUGAAAGAGCAAUCAAAAUGGUACAGUCUGACAGGAGCGUGCACAUGUUGUUAACAGACUGAUUGUCGCACAACAGAAUUUCACACAAUGAAUCAAACGUAUUCCGCACGACAUGCUCUGGUAUUUUAUUAAUUUAUUUGCAAAGGCUACAAAAACAAAUCGGACAUUGGAAAUACGGCAAUAAUUUCAUAUUGGUUAGUUAUUGUUUGUUUUUCUUGUUAGGUCUUUGUAAUUCAUGGUAAUUUGUAAGUGUUACAUAUUGUCUUGAUGUGAAUCUUGACCGGAUUCACGACUGAUACGAAUAUCAGACUCAUCUGAUGGGCAUGUGGGAGAGAUACGUUAGGUGUGUAUGCGAGUUGUUUUGUAAAUUAUUGAAUAGUUAACAGAUACAUAAAUGUAUGUAUGUUUACAAUUAAACAUUGUUAUAAUAA